CCUGAGCCAUUUUCAGAUGCUCGCCAUUUCACCUGAAGAUGGCAUUUUUCACCUGACUCUUGAUAGGAGCUGCACUACCACAACUUUAUCCCAGUCUCGGUCUUCUCAUAUAUAACCUGGAGGGUCUUGAGGUCCAAUACUCACCUAGGUACUUAGAUAUAUCAGUUUCUCUUUCGAUCGAUGCUUAUUCGUUCCCGCCUAUUCACCGCAUCCAAUUAAUCCAUCUAUUGGAUACCUGCUCUAACACAUCAAGACGAAGCAAUGGUUUCCGCCAAUGGUACAAGCGCUUCCGGCGCGAGCAUUGCUCAUGUUCUCCCUCGCCCUGCAACCGUUCAGUCGGCAACCGAGAUCAUAGGAAACACGCCUCUCGUACGGCUGAACAAGAUCCCCCAAUCAUACGGUAUCCAGUGCCAGGUCUACGCGAAAGUCGAGCUCUUCAGUGCCGGUGGUAGCGUGAAAGACCGCAUCGCCCUGCGUAUGAUCGAAGAAGCCGAGCGCAGCGGACGUAUCAAGCCCGGGGACACCUUGAUCGAGCCCACAAGCGGCAACACCGGAAUUGGACUGGCCCUCGUCGGUGCCGUGAAGGGAUACAAGACUAUCAUCACACUCCCCGAGAAGAUGUCCGCCGAGAAGGUCUCAGUCCUCAAAGCCCUCGGCGCCACCAUCAUCCGCACACCCACCCAGGCCGCCUGGGAUGCCCCCGAGAGUCACAUUGGAGUUGCGCGACGCCUCGUUAAAGAGAUCCCGAACGCACACAUACUCGAUCAGUAUUCUAACGAGAACAACCCGCUCGCCCACGAGUUCGGUACUGCCGAAGAGAUCUGGGCCCAGACUGGCGGAAAGAUCACCUGUAUUGUCGCCGGUGCCGGAACUGGUGGUACCAUCACGGGAUUGGCCAAUGGGUUGCGCAAGCAUAACAAGGACAUCAAGGUCGUGGCGGCCGAUCCCCAAGGUAGCAUUCUCGCUUUGCCAGAGGCUCUGAAUGAUGAGCACCGGGAUGAUCCGUACAAGGUUGAGGGUAUAGGUUAUGACUUCAUCCCAGCUGUUUUGGACCAGAACAAGGUCGACAAGUGGUAUAAGACGGAGGAUAAGGAGUCCUUCCAGCUUGCCCGCCGUCUGAUUGCAGAGGAAGGCUUGCUUGUUGGCGGAAGUUCGGGGAGUGCCAUGGCUGCCAUGUUAAGGGCGGCGAAAGACCUCGAGCUUGGCAAGGACGAUGUAGUUGUUGUCGUGCUCCCAGACAGCAUCCGCAGCUACCUGACCAAAUUCGCUGACGAUGACUGGCUCGCGGCCAACGAUCUCCUGUUACCCGCGGAUGAUGCAGCCAAGUCUGCCGUUGCCGAAAACGGCGGUAGUGAUAAAUCUACUGCCACGAAGAAGUCUGGCGACCCAUAUGCCGGCGCUACAAUCCGAUCCCUGCGCCUGAAACCCGUGACGUCAGUUUUGUCCACAACCGUGUGCGCCGAGGCAAUUGAGACGAUGCGAGACCGAGGUUUCGACCAGCUCCCGGUCUUAUCUGGUCCCGGUGGCAAGCUCGUGGGACUCGUCACAUUGGGCAACUUGUUGAGCUACAUCUCACGGGGUCGAGCCACAGGGCAGAGUCCCGUCAGCGACAUCAUGUUCGACUUCUCAGAGAUUGACGAGGUCGUGACGGAUUCUCGCGAAGGCAAGGGAGCUAAGAGGCGCAACUUUGUUGAGAUCACCCUCGACACCCCGCUUACGGAGCUCAGCAACUUCUUCGAAUGGAACAGUGCCGCUGUCGUCACGGAGGCCAGCGGUGGCAAGGGCCAGGUUCUCAGUAAGCCUGUGGCUAUCGUUACAAAAGUUGAUCUCCUCACUUGGAUGGUCAAACAAGUUAAGGCGUAAGACUUUAGUCAUACUGCCUGGGUGUUAAAAAUUCGAAUCAUUUCUCCUCUUCUUCUCGUUUUUGGUACUAUUUCUGCCACUCUACGCGUGGCUUAAUCGGUGUUCCGGAAACAGUGGCGGGGUAUGCAAGCUUUGGAGUUUAGGAAUGCAUGGUAUACAACAGGAGUAGAUUGGGAUAUGGAGUUUUCUAGUGGCAUCAACUCGCAGAUCUAGAUUGGCUGGUUCACACCAAGUCAUCAUAGAGAGCAGACUCAACCUCUGCACAAAAAGAUUUUACUGUAGCGCGACAGCUUUUAUAAUAGGUAUAGCUCACUUUGAGCCUCUAGCAACCCAAGCGGUGGUUAAAUAGAAUCAUGUCGUUUUUAAUGGUAGUCGACG